ACUUCAGCUUGUCGUUUUCUUAUCUUCCCCUCGCUUUCUUCUUCGCUCCAACAUCGACAAUACCCGUUUCUCCACGAAUCCAUCGCCUUUUAGAUCGAACCGCCGACUGUUUAUCGGCCGUCGCCCACCGCCUUAACUAUCGCCGUUCCUCUCCGCGGAUCAUCGUAACCGUCGUCAUUUAUCACCUGCAUCCACUGCCUAACUGCCCACUAUUGUUGUGAAGCUGCUGGAUUGCGACUACCACAAAUCCGAUCUCCUUCUUUAGAUACGAACUGCUACGGAGUACGCCUGCGUUUUACCAGCUAUCUUACCUCCACCCCCCGUCUCCAAAACUACUGAGCUGGCCUCAUAUCGAGAUCGACCGGAGAAAGCACGCGCUGCAGCACAUGUCUUACGAACCGCUCGAGAUGAUGUCUGAAGAGGAGCCCUCUCUCAACAUCCCCUCUCUCCUGACCUUGGCCGUCGUGUCUUUUUUCGUGAUCCGAUGGUUCUUCAAACGCGACGAUGAGCCGGGCGCCGGAGGCAGCCGCACUCGUGCGCGCGGACAUGCCGUGGAUCCAGCCCAGGUUGAGCAAAUAUCGCAAAUGUUCCCACAGCUGAACACUCGAGAUAUUAUGUGGGAUUUGCAGCGGAAUGGGGGUAGUGUUGCGGCGACUACGGAGAGGAUCUUGACUGGACGAGGGUUGGAAGUGCCGCCACCGUCGUUCCAACCACCGAUUCCUACUACUGCCGCCGCGACUCCUCCCACGACACAGCCCGCAUCCUCAUCCGGAAGCGCUCCGAAAUCGGACGGACAGGACCUGAUUUCCCGCUACAAUCUCAGCACAAGGGCUACGAGUGAGAGUUCCUCAGAAGCUCCCGAGCUGUCGUCGAGAGGAUGGUCGCAGAGCAAGGAAGAGCGCCAGCGUAUGUUGCAGAAACGGAGGGACGAUAUGAUUUUGGCGGCGCGCAAGAAGAUGAUGCAUAAGGACCAGCACAAUGCCUCAUGAGCAUUCGCACUUACUCCCCCUUCGUGUUUUAUAUUUAUCCCAAACCUACUUUCGAGAUCCCCUUCUCUCUGAUUCUUUUUUAUCAGGAUAGAAUCUUUAGGCGUUACCGUGUUGCUUCUUCAGCGGUAAUUUGGACAUUUUCAGGAGUCAAUACAAGCAACUUUAGCACUUUCCUUAUAAUCCUGUCUUUUGACUUCUUCGGAAUAACAGUGAACAUAUCCUUGAC